AUGGAAGCUGUACAAAAGGACCACUGGUACUUCGUGGUACUUAUCUUUCUUCCUUUUCUUAAAGGUAAGGAGAUUGUUUUUUUUUUUAUUCCUCAGCUUUUAUUUGAUAAUAUUUCUGAAAUGGCUGUAUGUGUAGCUCCAUAUAAGAGGCAGAUUUCUGUAUGGAUACCCAGAAAAAGAUCAGCAAAUGAUUUGAAAGUGUUUUGUCUGUUUAUACAUUUCUAGUCAUUAUUUGUUAUUUCUUUUUAUUGAAUUGGUUUGAAAGUUGAAGGAAAGGCUUGUUCUUCACAGACAUUAUUAUUCUGAACCUGCCAGAGCUCUCCCAGAGGCUUUGGUGGACUUGAAAUCGGUUGUCAUUCAGCUCAGAUAAAAGCCUUCGAAAACUUGGAAGCUUGAUCACCAACUAUUGUCAGUUGUGGUUAUGUGUACUGGCUCGAAUUAGCCUAAUUAGCAUUACCCGAGGGAUAGCCUCAGCUGUGAAUGGCUGUGUUAAUCUUCAACUAGAGGAGAUUUAGGAGGGAGAAAACAGGGUCCUUCAUUUGCCAGACUGCAUGGGUGUAAAUAUGUUUUUCAGAAGUUUGUCUCUGAACUUUUAAAUAACAAGUAUUCAGAGUUAGUCAGAUGCAAUUCUACAUUUUUUGUUUGCAAUUUUAUUUCUAGCAUCUUGAUUUGAAUUUCCAUCUGUUGCUCCUUUCAUUGAGGUCAAAAUGUAUGCCUUUUUUGUGAAGAUUAUGAGGAGUUAAAUAAACACAAAGAUGUUUUUUUUUACAGUCGCUGUCCAGCAAAAAGAUGCCACCACAGUCCGUCUUGAGGAGGGCAUGAUCCUCGGCUGUUUGUGCCCCUGGAACGGCAACCUCAGCAUGGUGUCCUGGACUAAAUUACCAGACAAGAAUCCCAUAGCAGUUUUCCAUCCUGAGUAUGGUUUUGCUUUUUCUCACCCUUACCGCGAGAGGAUAGAGUUCCUGAGGACAACCCCUAUGGAUGGAAGUAUAUCUUUGAGGAACGUCACCCACCAGGAUAUCGGACUUUAUCACUGUUCUGUUCAGACUUUCCCUCAAGGCCCAUGGACCAGGAACAUCCAGGUGGAAGAUUUAGGUAACCAAUUUUCCGAGGGAGUAGCAUGAGGGAAAUUUUAAGCAAUCUUGAAUUAUGAAUCAUCAAAUUAAACUCAUUCAUUGUGCUUUGAUUUCUUUGUUUUCCACAGAUACUCCCCCAGAGGAAGACGAUAGCACAGAGCCGCCCGCCCCAGAGGAGAUCAAAAUAGACAACGAGAUGAUAGCAGAGCAAAACAGCAACCUGACCAUCAACUGCAACCAUGUGCACAACGGCAGCGUCUACCAGGUCAUUUUGGAGAAGAUGCCACACGGCCUGCCCUGGAGUAUCAUAGGAGUGUGUAAGAAGGUAGAGGGGGGCCUGGUGGGUGAAGACUACAGCGACAGAGGGAGGGUAAACUGUGAAGACAGCCUGGACGUCCGUCUACAUCUGACAGAUGUGGAGCCAGAGGAUGGUGGGUUCUACCGCUGUACCUUCAGCACAGAUGCAGGAGUGCAGACCACCACUGUACGGCUCACAGUGCCCCCUCAAGGUACAAAAACUGACCUCAAACACAUGGACACAGUCUUCUAACUAUAUUAUUCUAUGAAAUGGCUACUAUUAUGUAAGUAUCGUUAUGAAUCUGAUUUUUUUUUAAAAUCCCUGUAACAAUAAGUUGAUUGCCGCAGACUCAGCUAAAACCACAUCCUGUCGUGUCUCACAGUUCUGUUAUUACAGAUCUUUGAGAACUCCAAGACCCAUGUGUCAAUUACCACAAACAAGUCGAACCACAGCGUUUUCUGGUCUGACUUGUGUUUCUGUUUUCCAAUCAGAUGUGUUCAGCCUGUCUUUGUACAUGAUCUACAUUUACAUCGGGGCAGGAUCUGCAGGGUUUAUUCUCUUCAUCAUUAUCCUCCUACUUGCAUUGAGACACAGGUAAGAUCCCACACUCUUAGUCUCAUCUUAUAUAUAACCACAUUUCCAAAAGAGUUGGGACACAGUGAAAAAUGUUAAUAAAAGGAGAAUUUAGUGCUUUGCAAAUCACUUCAAUCUGAGACGUAUUUGGAAGUGAUGCAAAGACAGCUAAUCUGGUACGGAAAUGGAAACACUUUGUUUUAUAAAAGGAAAAAAAUAGUUUUGAAAAAUCUCCAAUCCCACCCCAAUCCACUUUAUUUAUACAGCACAUUUCAAGAAACAAUUAAGUUUAGCAAAGUGCUACACAGUGCAUUUAAUUAAGUUAAAACACACAGAAAAGAAUCAUAAUAAAACCACAUAAAAGCACUUUAAACUUUAACGAUGAGGAAAUAAAAUAAAAAAAACUGUAAGAACAAAAGAGAAAAUAAAAAAUAAAUAAAAGAACAGACAGAGACAGAUCACACAACUCUUAUGCUGGGUUAAAAGCCAAGGAGUGAAAAUAAGUUUUCAGGCGCGAUUUAAAAGCCGUCAAAGUUGGGGACAAUCUAACAUGAAUCUGAGCAGCACGACUCCCUGUAACAAAUGUGAUGCACCAAAUGUCUUUAUUUCUGACUUGGUGUCAAGCCAUGACUGCUGACAGACCACUUCAGUACCAGGACUCUUCUACUUCAGAGUCAGGCUACUGUAAUCUGUGCAGAAUGUUGUUUGACAUUGUCUCUUAAAAUUUGUAGUCUGUCUUAAAAAUGGCAUCAUCUGGAUGUUGCUCUAAAACCUGAAUAAACCCCUAUCCUUAGCUGAUCUAAUGGUGUUACUCACACCAUGAUCACUUAUGCAUCCCUAUAAAUGUACACUCAGAGAAAGUCAGAUCGUCCCUCUCCUCCUGAGAGCAGAGGCUGCGGUGUCCAUGAUUUCUACACCCAGUAUUGUCACUGAUUUGUUGCUAAUCGAUCUUAUUAUUGGGAUAACUUUUUCAGUAUUUUGGAGUCCCUCUCCAAACUGUUUGGAAAUGUGUUGCUGAUACUGAAGUAUAUUUGUUUUUCAUAAAACAAAUAUCUUUUCAGUUUCAGAAUUUGAGGUCUUUGAAUUUUUCUAAGUUGUGCACUUGUUGCAUAUGUUCUGAUAUAUUCUGAUUUCAACCAAAGAUGUGCUUGCCCUUCUAUUUCCUAUCCUGCCCUUGUCCAGAUUAGAAAUGAUAGAAAAUUGUGAAGUUGCAUUCAAAUUUACCUCAAAACAAGAAAAAAGUACUCUCUGUUUUUGUUUAUUUGUAUUUGUCCCAUAAUCACCACAGGAAGAGGAACAGGAGGGAGGAGUACAGAGUCAAACUGCACCCGUCUCAGAGUCAGGUGAGCCUCACCUUAGUUAUCAUUUCCACUCUGAUUUUUUCACUUGACACCUUUAAGGCUCUACCUUACCUUCUCUUCAGACAUGCUCUGAGUUAUAAAACUGUCCCUCUUUAUUAAUACACAUGCAGUCACUAAUCUGAAUUUAAACAUCAUGUAACAGCUGCGUGCAUGCGUGCUUAUUUAACUCAACUAAUACUGUAACUAAUGGUGUAAUAACGUUUGAUUUGUCAUCAGGAUGUACAAUUUUAAGACCAUUUACAGAGACUUUUUGAUCAUGAAUGUGUCUAACACCUCAUAUACUAACCCAAUCUACUACAUAUUCACAGCAAAACUUCUAUGAAAACUUCCCUGUGUAUCCCAGGCAUGCAAAGCGGUCCAAGCAGCAAAGAAACUGUCCGGUAUACGCUAACCUUCAAACUGUGAGGUCACACAAAACCAAACAAAAGCCCCACCAUAAAUGAGCAGACAGGAGUAAAUAUGACAAACUGUGUGGAUUUUAGUGCUGUGGGGGUUCUCAUGUGUAAAUAAUUAAAAUGAAUAUAUUUAAAGCACUGACCAUAUUGGUAACAAUUUAUCUGAUGCCUAUCCCUACAAUGCAUUAUGAAUAUAGUAUAAUGCGAUAUAAUCACUUUAUAGCACUGUAUAACUAUAGUUAUGAACACACGCUUUAUAGCAAUAAUCAUUACACAUGAUAAAGCAUUUUAUCAUGACUUACAAGGUCAGGUGUUAUAAUGUGUUAUAACUGUUAACAACUCACUGACAAUGCCCACAUAGAUAAUGCAGUAACGCUUCACUUGACGCCUAUCUCUAUAGCACAUUAUAAACUUAUGUAUAAUGCGUUAUAACCAUGUUAUAGCACUACAUAACUAUAGUUAUAAACACUCAUAAAUGACUAUAAUGCUUUAUAGCAAUAAUUAUAACAUAUUUUAAGCAUUUUAUCAUGAUUUACCAGGGCAGGUAUUAUAAUGUGUUAUGCUUAUUGUUAUAGGGUCUAAUGAUAAUUAAUGAGUGUUUAUAAUAAUAGUUAUACAAGUUUAUAAGCAAAUUAUAACAUCAUAAAUAUAUGUAUAUUGCAUUAUCUAUGCGAGCAUUGUCAGUGAGUUGUUAACAGUCAUAACACAUUAAGUUAUAACAGUUAUAACAAAUUAUAAAGCAUGUUAUCAUGAUUUACAAGGUCAGGUGUUGUAAUGUGUAAUAACUGUUACCAAUUCACUGCCCACAUAGAUAAUGCACAUAUAUUUAUGAUGUGUUAUAAUUUGCUUAUAAGCUUGUAUAACUAUCAUUAUAAACACUCAUUAAUUAUCAUAAGGCUCUGGCUAUGUGUUAUAAUAAUUGCUAUAAAGCAUUAUGAUCAUUUAUGACUGUUUAUAACUAUAGUUAUGUAGAGCUAUAACGUGACUAUAAUGCUUUAUACAUAAGUUUAUAAUGCGCUAUAGAGAAGCGUAAAGUAAAGUGUUAUUGAUAAGGCAAUAAAACUGUUGUUAACAGUUAUAACACAUUAUAAUACCUGACCUUGUAAGUCAUGAUAAAAUGCUUUAUAAUAUGUUAUAAUUAUUGCUAUAAAGCAUUAUGAUAAUUUAUGAGUGUUUGUAACUAUAGUUAUAGAGUACUAUAACGUCAUUAUAACGCAUUAUAAAUAUAUCCAUGAUGUGUUAUAGCGACAGGCGUCAAAUAAAGUGUUACAAUCAUAUUUAUUUAGUUGGAUUUGUGAAGGAGAGUAGGCAGCAGAGUGACACUCAUUAAUAUCAUCCAGCAAGAUGAAGCUGACAGGUUUGUUAAAGUCAACUCUGUCUGGUCCCACUAAUUAAGAGUAGGAUUUAUUUCAUAAUUACGGCUGAGGAAACAUUUGUUAUAAGCAAACCUAUCCUUGACAGUCACCGCCAUGCAGAAACAGCAGACAAAGGCCUGGAUAAUCAUUCCUAUCACUUCCUCCAACCCCUGAGUAAAACGAUUGACAAAACCCUGUGUAAUUACUCUCUUUUUACUUUCAUCCCUCCUGGUUUCCAUUCAAAGCCUGACAAUGGUGUCUAAUCAUCUAACAGCAGAGAAAAGCAUUCAUUCAGCACUGCACCAUCACUUGAGACUUUUUCUUUCCCCCAAAGGCCUCUCUGUCUAGGAUGACUGCAUUCUAGUUACAGCACGCUCUUAUUAUGAAAGCCACUCUAAUUAGCUAAUCCUGUGCUUUGGUUUAUAUGACUGCUUUUACUUUGUCUCGUUCAUUGAUACAUUUUUUCUUCUUAUUGCGCUCUGUAAUACAAUUUUAUAAUCUGUCAAAUGCUAGAGUUUUAUUUAUCCUUGUGAAUGAUUUCUGUGCCCGCCUUUAUGCUCUUAUAAAUCAGUAUUUGCAGGUUUAUAGCUGUACCUCCUGAGCUGUGUGUUGUUUAUGUGUAAUCUGAUUCAUUUAUCUCCAUAGAAAUGGAGGCAGUGGCAGAGGCAGUAA